UCACUAUCAGAGCCUUUUACUGUCAACAGUCUGCGGAACGAGCUGCAGCUGUGCUUCCAACAUUUGUAUUUUCCAGUGAUCACACCCGGCAGCUUCACACAACAGACUAAAUGGCGCAGACAGAAACCAAGGAGAUUUUCUACGACGAACUGAAAGAACUGGUGGGAAAGAGCCAGAAUCUCUUUCUGGUUGAUGUUCGCUCCAAAGAGGAAUAUGACAAAGGAUAUAUUCCUGGAUCUGUCCACAUUCCAGUUGACACAGUAGAAGCUGCUCUUUCCUUGAACCCAGAAGAGUUCAAGGCCAAAUACGGAGUCACCAAACCACAGGUGGUGUUUCACUGCCAGAUGGGCAGAAGAGGGGGUAUCGCCACAAACAAAGCCACCGAAAUGGGAUAUAAGAAUGCACGCAACUUCAUCGGAGGAUACAAGAAGUGGGCUGAGAACCAAGGAAAGUGACCUGGGCCAAAGGAUAACAGCACAUUUUUAUACAUAUGAGUAAUACCAAGCACUGACAGCCAAAACAGACUUAUGAAGUCCCUUCUUAUAUUGUUUUCAUACAGUCAAUCACUGCGUUUUAUAAAAACGAACAAAUAAAAUUGUUUACUCAGGAA